CACGCCAUCUCAACCACGUCAUCUCAACCACGCCAUCUCAACCACGACAUAUCAGCCACGACAUAUCAUCCACGGCCGUCUCAGCCACACCCCAACUGCAUCUGGAACUGCCCUAUCGAUCGGCGAGCUAGACAUUCCUCCAGCCGACUCCCCUGCGUGCCCACCGUAUGGUUCCGACCUCGGAAACCUGCCCCUCCCCGUCGGUACUCGCGGCCACUGGCCCUCUGCUCGAUCCUGUGCAGCAUACUGCACCUCUCUCGCUGCUGCUGCCAACUCUCCCGUCGCUUGAUUCCGAACAUGAAUCCGAGCCACCGCUCCCUGCGCUUACGGCCGAAUCUCCGACAUCGUCUUCGUCUUCGGUCCCGGAUACGGCAUCGGCAGAUGUCCCUGCCGACCCGCUUGGCUCAGUAGCGCCGCCGUCGUCCCUCAACUUGUGGUCGCUGUUUGGAGGCUGCCCGAUCUCCCCUCCCCUGUUGCCCUCGGCAGCCACUGCGCCGCGGAUAUCUCCGGCGUCCUCGGCAACUUCUGUGUUGCCCACCCAGCCGUCUCCGUCUAUUCAGCCCUCUCCGUCUAUUCAGCCCUCUCCCCUCCCCACUCCUCCGGUCGGCACAAGCGUUCUGACGCCAGCGGAAAUCUUGGCAGCACAGCAGCUGGCGAAUGCUGCAACCAUCGCAUCGCGCUGCUUUCCGAACCUGGACUCGCUGGACCUGGCGUCGCUAUCGUCGUCCCUCGGGGCUCUGGGAUUCCUCUCGCCGACGACCCUUGCUGAAGUUGCAAAGCUUUUGAAGCACGUCCCAGGUGACUCCGAGCUGUCCGAGCACAUCCAAUUCCUAGCCGCCGCGCGGCAGGUCGAGGCCCUCCAGUCCGUCACCGACACACACAUCGCCGAGGCUGCCGCCUUGGCUGCAGCCACAGCCAUCGGAGUCCAUCCGCCUGAUUUGCCAGCAUCUCUCUUUCCGAGUCCGUUGGUGGCCCAUCAGGUCGCGGCGUCUUCCGCCAGUGUCGCGACACCCAAACUACCCCCAUCGUUCAAGCUUCCUCUCGGCAUCGUCAAGCGAUCGGCAAAGCCAGAAAAGAAGGCAUAUGUCAACCAUGCUUGCGUUGAUUGCAAAGCCGCGCAUGUUGCCUGCGAAGCCAAGCGGCCCUGCCAGCGCUGCAUUCGACUCAACAAGGCCGACUCCUGUGUCGAUGCUUUCCGGCGAAAGCGAGGGCGGCCGUCCAUCCUCAAAAAUAUUGAUAUGCUGCUGGCCAAUGGAGCCAAGACGGCCGAUCCCAGCAAACGGCCGGGCAUGCGGACGUCAAAGCCCUCAGCCGCCACCCGUUCUCGGCCAUCGUCCUCAGAGUCCUCUUUGCCUUCCAGCGCAGAGUCUGCGUCAACCGAUCUCGCCCCGAGUCCGUGCGAUCUGGCGGGGAAGCAUCCAGAGGAUCGGUCAAUGUCUGGAUCGCAGCCGCAACCGCAACCCAAACUGCCGCAACCAGUCAAAGUCCCCUUCCGGCCUGCGUCUCCGAUCGACAUCGAUGCUUUGGCAACCGAGGGCUCCGCCACAUCAACCGAGAAGUCUCAAUCGGGCUCAUCAUCCAAUGGAGCUGCCUUGACCAGUCGAACGGCACCCUCCACCGGUCAUUCUGGAGGAAUCAGCCACCAAUCAUCAACGACUACACCAGCGCCAGCAUCAGCAACAUCAGCGCGGUCACCGAGCGUGCGACCCAGCCUCCCUGAAGAGGCGAGCGGGCCAAUCGUGCUGUCAUCAUGUGUCUCCGAGCCAUCCCGUUCGCCAACAUCGACGUCACCGACCAUAGCAUUUGACAUCCCACGCCCAGCUCCGACGCAGAUCUCGCCCACCAAGUCCUCGCCGCCUGCUUCCGUAGCUCCCUCGAGCUCGAUGAUUUCGUCCAUACAAGCGUCCACGGACACAACCGUCUCUGCUAUCGCAAAGGCGGCUCCCCUGGUAAAGCGACCGCUUGCCCCGAAGCCCUCAAACCCACCGCCGCCGGCAAAGAAGCACCGGCCAAUUCUGCCCCAAGUCCGUCUCCCCGCGCUGUCGCAUCCUGCGGCUCACGAAUCCGCCUUGUCAGCGGCGGCCGCCGCCGCGAUGAACACAGCGUUGGCCCGGUUCUACGCCUCGCUGCAUCUCGGUGCCCAUCCUCCAGCCUGUCCACCGGCGCUGUCGUUACUUGCACAGCAACACCCCUCACUUUUAUCGACCCCUCCGAACGAAGAUAUUCUCCAGGCUUUGGCGGCGCUGUCCUUCUGUCCGCCUUAUGCCGCUCCAACAGAUCUCGCUGGCUUGGCCCCGCCCGUCCCACAUGAUACACUGAACCCUGCCAGGUUCGAUCUCGCCGUCACUGCAGCCGCUUUGGCAGCCGCAACGGUCACGAUGGGCUCGCGCUUCCCGACCCUCACAGACCUGCCCAAUCUAUCGUCCACGAUGUCGACCACUGGUCCAGACUUGGAUGGCUCAGCCCCCAAAGACAGCGGCUCGAUCGAAGACGCCGAUCCUCAGUGCGAGCCACAUCCAUCCGAGACCGCACCACCUCCGCUGACUUCCGAGUGCAACCGUUCAUGACACCCUUGUGAAGAUGGAGCGCCCUUGCAUGCUUUUUUCUGGCGCGGGGGACCAUUCUCUCUGCACCACCCACGCCCAGUCUCGUUAUCGAACCCGUCCGCCUCUCUCAUUUCUUGUUUCCUGCCUCCUCUUGUCUUCACACAAGCACUGAAACCAAUUCAUUCGUUCCGACGCUCUGCUGGAGCCUUCAUGGAGUGGCCACAACCCCCCCUUCAUCAUUUUUGGACACACACCAUCUAUAGAUACCUCCGCUAUAUCGAAAUACACGCA